GCGCAUGCGUAUGGAUUUGCCGGGGUAAACAAUGGAGGCGGACGUGUUCAGACAACCUCAGCCUGAGUCCCAUUAGCUGUGAGGAUUCUAGAAGCUUUUCAUUUAAAUUCAUAGCGGGAAUGACUGGGGAACAUUAAACCACCACGGGUCCGGCCCGCAGGUGACUCUACCGGGUGGUGGAGGAGAGCAGAGCGACCGCAGAGCGACCGCAGAGCAGGUAAACUCUGCGGUGUCACUGUGCCGCUCUCUCCGCUAAGCAGUGACCGCUAUUGUCACUGCAUUCUUUUGAUGCCAUUGUACGCGUGGGCCGUGGAAUAAAACCAUCUGGUAACCUGGAGAGAAAAUGUCUGAGGUGCAGGCUGCAAAGAGGAAGGAGAAGUGUGAGAACUGCACCAAACAGUGCAACAAGAAGCAGAGUGAUGAAGGACCUGAUUCCCAGCAGGAGAGAGAUGCAGUCACUGGACAGAAUAAUGAAGGAUCCCAGCUGCUGCUCAGUGCUUGUCUGUCCUGUGAUGGCUGUCUGUCAGAGGAAGAGAGUCUGAAGAUUUCUCAGCAGAGUGUGGAGGAAGUGGAACGAGUUCUGGCUCUCAACAAGAAGUGUGACACAACAAAGCACAAGGUUCUGGUUGCAUCAAUUUGUCCACAAUCACUGCCUUUCUUCGCUGUGAAGUUUGGUCUGGACAUACAUGAAGCUGCUCAGAAACUGUGCGGAUUCCUCAAGACUCUGGGAGUACACUACGUCUUUGACACCACUCUGGCUGCAGGCUUCAGCAUCUUGGAGAGCCAGAAGGAGUUUAUUCAGAGGUAUCGAAGGAGGAACCAUGAUCCCAAUGCACUGCCCAUGUUCACCUCCUCCUGCCCAGGUUGGAUACGUUACUCAGAGCGGGUCCUGGGCAGCAUGGUCACCCCACAUAUAUGUACAGCCAGGUCUCCACAGCAGAUCAUGGGCUGUCUUGUCAAAGACUUCUUCUCAAAGCAGCAGAAGCUGAGCCCAGACAAACUCUUCCACCUGGUGGUGGCUCCCUGCUUUGAUAAGAAGCUGGAGGCAGUCAGAGAGGAGUUUUACAACAGUUUGCUGGACACCAGGGACGUGGACUGUGUCCUUACAUCAGGGGAGAUUUUUUACAUGAUGGAGCAGAGGAAGGUCACAGUGGAGAAGCUGGACUCUGUUCUACUGGACCAAGUUCUUGGUGAAGUUGGAGACUCAUCACUACAGAGGCACGAGGGUAGAGGUUCUGAAGGUUUCCUAGAACAUGUGUUCAAACAUGCUGCGAAAGAGCUCUUUGGUCUGGACGUGGAUGAGAUCACAUAUAGGACCCUGAGGAACCGGGACUUCCAAGAAGUGACCCUGGAGCGUGAUGGAGAGAAUCUGCUGAAGUUUGCGGCUGUCUACGGUUUCAGGAACAUCCAAACCCUGGUUCACCGCAUGAAAAAGGGACGUGUUCCGUACCAGCUGGUGGAGGUGUUGUCCUGCCCGGGAGGUUGCCUCAGUGGUCGAGGUCAAGCAGAGAGCGAGGUCGCAGGAAAGGUUGAUAAAGCUCUGGUCCAGCAGAUGGAGGACACCUACAGUAGCCUGCCGGUCCGCCUCCCCGAAGUCAACCCCACACUUCAAACUCUAUAUCAGGAGUGGCUUCAGGGUCAGGACUCUUCACAGGCCAGUACCAUGCUGCACACGCAGUACAGGAACCAGGGUCAGGUCCAGACUCAACCUCCACACAUGCAAUGGUGAGAAGACAAGAAGUGGGAGACUGUCUUAAAACUCACACAAAAGGACUAGGGGUACAGGAGUCUGCAAAGGUGCAAUUCCUUUCCUUGGUCACAAGGUGGUGUUGUAUGCGAUUAAAUAACCAACAUUUACUGCUGACCAAAAAUAAAUAAAUAAGGUCCAAAGUCCCCAGAGAGUGGACAUUCUAUACCUCACGGAGCGGACUGAAGUCUUUUGUUUUUUUUAUUUGAUAUAUCACUGUUUUUUUGACUGGAAAGCUGAGACAGAAACUAUGCAACAGUGUAACGACCUGAUGUAGAGGGUGAGUGCUGCUGCUGACAUCAUAACCCACUGAGAGUCUGGUUUGUCUGUGCCGAGUAACGACAGAGUCAUUGUUAUUGUUCUGAAGGUACGUGACUUUAUCAUCGGCAUUAUAACAUUGUUCCAUUCUACUGAGUCAUUUUUUUAAAUUCUUGUAAUAUCUUUCUGUUAUUAAACAUACAUGUCAUACAUGUUGGUAACCACUCAAAUAUAUUGUCUUGUUCCUGCACAGUGUCAGUCAUUGGCUGUUUUAUAUGUCAAUGAUUAGCCACAGCAAUAGCUAGUCAGACUAAAGAAUUCAGCUUCUCAAUAUUAACAACACAUCAGUCCAAGAAAACAGUCCUGCCACUGAUGUUCAUUACAGAGUAGGGAACGAUGUCAAACAAAGUUUACACAGUAGGCCUUUUUUUCUGAUGAUUUGAAACAUCUGAAAUUUUUACAUAUUAUAGUGUAUGGAGGGGCAUCUAAGUUCUUAGCUCAUUCAGCUACCUUAGAAAGUAUGGCUAUUAAAAGAAAUUGGGGUAAACUUGAAAAAAAUGAAGACAAAAUUUGAUAUAAAAAAAUUGUUUCCAAUAUGAAACUUCUUUUGUUAUGAAUCUUUCUGUCAGUAAUAAUACAAAGUUAAAAAAAAUUGGGUUGCUAAAAAUAUUUGUCAGAAGUAAACAAGUCAUUUAACACAUCAAUGUUGUGGACAAAAUUUAGAACUUUAGUAAGAAAGUUUCAAAUGUUAGCCAUAAAACAUUUUGACAAAAGUAGCCUAUCAAGGCCCCAAAACCAAUAAUUCUUUAAACAAUAAAAUGCACUGACUGCAUUGAGCUAAAAGUGAAAAACAAUCAGUUAGCUGUUCACACAGAAACAAAAAAAGUUGAGGUAUUUUAGCUUUAUUUUUGGCUAACACUUAAAAAUAGCAAAUGGGCUGCUAAUCAGCUUGCUAAAAUAGCUUGAAAACAAGAUAUUUACUAGGUUAUUUGUCACAUAAGUACAACUAUUGUAAACUAUAUUGCUGAGUAUUUCCACAGACUGCAAGGGAAAAUAUACAAAUGCACAAGACAAAUAUGGCAAAGUGUGAAAGAAGAAAUCACUUUCUCUUUCACUUAAAACCCUGUCUGUCAGGUCUGCAAGUGUUGGUAUUGGGACAUGGGAACUUCCCAGAUCUAGGUGAGGACGUGUGUGUGUGUGUAAAUAUAUAUGGAGAAACGACUCCAGUGUUCUUCCUUUGUGUGUUGGAUCACUCUCUGAUACAGGAGGAAAACGAUCGCAUGAGGGCCUGAAAGGUUCUAUGAUGAUGUGGCAAGCUAAACUUUUGGCUCUGCUUUUCCUUACUACAAACUUGCCUGCAACCCAACAGAGUUCGUCAGACAAAGAGCUGUUUUUGAAAUGCAACCAAACAGUGACAGUCCAGGAGGGGGACUCUGUGACACUGAACUGUGUGUUACAUUACCCAAAACACAUGGAUUGUAACGUUGUGGGUAUUUACCUACGCUGGAACAACACAGGGAACUUGCGUAACCAUACCUUUCAAAUCACCUUUAAACGGAAUAAUGCCACCGGUCUGUCCAUCACCAUCAACAAUGUAACUCAAAGGGGUAUCUGUACAGUGAAAGCAAAUUCUAACUGUGGCAUGGAUGAGCAGUGUGAUGUCGAAGUGAAUUUUCUAAAUCAAGAAAGAAUCUUACCGCCUGAACCUCAGAAUCCUGGUAUCAAUUUCAACACAGUGGUUGUUCCCUUUGGCGUCCUCUUCAUCGUCAUCAUCAUCAUCAUUUUACUGUUUAGAACCAAAAGAGGAAAAGAAAUAAGAAGAUGCAACAAGGGAAAGGAAGGGAACAGAGUACAGAUCAGUCCAGAAUUAGAAAAAAUACAAUGUAGCAGCAAUUGAUCAACUAAGGUAGCCAAAAUGACAGCAGUAAUACUAAAUGUGUAUUAUAUUAUUGGAAAAACAAACCAAAUGUGGCCCAGAAAUAGGUUAAUGUCUGCCAGAAAUAACAUAGCUGAAAACAUAAUGUUACAUUUUAUAACACCAAUAACUUGUAGCAGAGCACAGUGGUUAAUAACUGUUAGCAGAAGAGGGAAAACAAGCACCCAGAACAAAGUAGGAACAGGUAAGAAUACAUAGACAAAGAGUUUGUGAUUGAUAGAUAAAAAGUUGAUCAAAUGGCAAAAAAAUGUGCAAAGAUUUGGUUAAAACCACUUAAAGUUAGUCUGUUUAGUAACCAAAUGUUAGACAAAGAGACAAAGAUAAGAGGAUGAAAACGGAGGGAUGGAUGGAUGAAUGGAUGGAUACUGAAAUACAGCUGAUUGUUAGCCAAGAAACAAAUAGUUAGCUACGUUCAAGUUACAAGCAGUCAAAUACUAAGUACAUUUGUGCAAACUGAGCCGUAUGGAUGGUGAGAGUUAAUGUGAAUGAAAAUAUAUUGUGUCAAAAAGCAAUAUCAAAAAUGUCUUCCUUUUAAUAAAUACUUUUUUUCCUAAAAACUUUCCCUUUUGUGUGUCUGUGGUACUUGUUUGCUCAGCAUGUCAUAAUAACGACCACAAUAAGAAACUUUAAACUUUCUCAAUCCCCUUGGAACAAGUUGGUAUGCAACUGUAACCAGAGACGUUAGCAUCAUGAGAGUGAAACUCUUGUGGGCACUCAUGUAAAUGAGUGAUAAAGUCAUCUGAUAAGGUUGGGCUAAAACAUGACUCUUUUCAUCCAUACUGUGCAGGCUGCAGCGCUAUCCAGUGGUGAAGUCACAUCUUUGUAUUUUCUUUGCCUACACUAAGUACGACAGAGUGUCAGGGCAACAUUGAGGAUAAAAAAAAAAGAGAAUUAACUUGCAGUUUACGCAGUUUACUCGCAGUUUACAGAAUAUUAGGACGACUGGGGCAAAAAUAAAAACGUUGAGAAUACAGUUGUAAUUUACAGGUAUAAAGUCACAUUAUAAAAUAAUAAAGUCAGGUCACGGGAAUAAAGUCAACAUUUAUGAGAAAUAAGUCAUUUGUUUAAUAGAAUAAAAUCAUGUUUGUGAGUUUUUUUGAUGAACGAAAGAAAAGCAGAGAGCCUUUUUAACUUUUUACAUUUAUACAAAUAUGACUCACUCUUAUCCGUGAUGUUAUGAUUUGUCCUAUAAAUGUGUGGCUUUUUCCUUGUAACUUUACGACUGUAUUACAUGAUAUACACAUGAAUGUAUUACUUUAAUCCCAUGAUGUUAUUUCUUUUAUUCUCAAUGUGGCCUGAACACUCUUAUGGAAAAUAAAAACAUACAAAACAAACAAAACAAAAGUUUCCAAUUACAUCACACAUGGGAUCAUCUUGAAAUAUGAAACCUGUCAAUAACAGUCACUUCUUUCCUCUUCGAUGCAUGAUGCAGUAUUCAGACAGACUUCCUCUGUAAACCACACGGUACAUUUAAAGCCUUCCUGUCAACUUUAGACUGUCACUCUGCCACUCUGUCAGUCAGUGUGUGAUACUCCUUGCAGCCUGUCCUGCAGGAUGAAAGUCGCCUGGUGGAGCUGUGUGUUGGCUGUAUUCUGUAUGUCCACUGAGGUCAAACUGCAGGACUGGACAGUCUCUCAGAGACCUCUGUCCAUCUCCUUGACGAGAGUGAACUCCUCUACUGAGAUCUACUGCUCAACGUCCUUGUCCAAUCCAGUGGGAAUGUAUGUGUACAGAACGUACCACAUUAACAAAAUCAUGGCGUACCUGUCCUUAAAAAACGGACGUGUCACCAAGUUGACGACGGCAGGUCAAAUUGACGUGACUUCUGACCAUCAGAUCAGAGAAGGUCUGGGCUUCAAUGUGCGACUAUUUCAGCUGGGAGUGAGUGACACGGACUUGUACUACUGCAGCUGGUCCCGCUUCAUAUCAGAGACAGUGACAAUAGAAACCCGCUGCAGCAAUGGGACCAUUAUCAUUGUGAGAGGGGAGGAUUCUCAAAAACAAUGCAAACAUCAUACCCUGGUCAUGAUCGUGAUUGGCCUGACCACAGCAGCUUUCACCUCCAUUUCCAUCCUGAUCAGCGGAAUGCUGAUCUUCCAAUGCACCAAAUUCAAAAUGAACUUCAGAGCUUCCAGAACCACAGAACCAUCCAGACCUAACAGUCCUCAGAACCUCUGUGUCCAGCACAUGGCCCAGUGCAAUUCAUACAUGGUCACAUUGGUGGAUCAUGUGGACUAUAGAGAAAAUUCUGUAAUCCAGAGUUUGAGGUGAGGGAUUAUCCAGGUACAGUCAACCUAUAUGUGUGUCACUAUGUUGAGCAAAAGUGCUUGUCAAUAAUGAACAACAGCCAAAAUUAUCAAUCCGACUUAAAAAUUGGUCCUGAAGUGACCAGUUUAAAAAUGUAUUUUUAUGGCAAACCUUUUCCAUUUUCUAAAAUGACACAAAGUAUUCAGCAAAUAUUAUAGUUUUUAACUACAUAUGUUUUUAACAUUCUGCCAAAAAACCUUUAGUGUCGAAAAAAAAUCUACAUAACACAAUAUUACCUAGAAACUGAAUAUGCAAAUAGCAAAAAAAA